AUGAAGCUCUCCCUCCUGGGCUCGACUGCUUUAGCUGUCAGCGCUACGCAUGUCGCUUCGAUCACGGUGGACAACAAGCCGGGCUACAUCAAAUACACCACAGUGAAGGGAUACUUCUUGCAAGAUGAGCCUUCCACAAAUGCCACGACGUUCAACUAUGUAUGCCAAGUAUUCCGAAAUCUUGACAUCGCUGACAACAGACAACCGACGACAAACUUCGGCCUCAUCAAUCGAACUUACCCAGCAACGGAAGGCCUUUGCGCAAACCUAACACAAUGGCAACUCUUCUCCCGCCAAGUCGAUGCCUUAAAUGCCGCCGCUCCUCUCAACACAGUCUACAAAACCAUCUUCAUGGGCCGACACGGCGAAGGCUAUCACAACUCCGCCGAAUCUUACUACGGCACACCCGCCUGGAAUUGUUACUGGGCUCAACUCACAGGCAAUGGUAGCGCCACUUGGGAGGACGCUAAGCUCACCUCUCCGGGCGUGCUGCAAGCUCAGAUUGCUCACAACUUCUGGAAGCACCAGAUCAAGGUUCAGAAGAUUCCCUACCCGCAGUCCUUAACCGAAGUCGACCAACUCUGGAACGGCGUGACAGCAGAAGACGACACAGCCCACAAAAAGCGCAUGCUCGCCCUCCUCGACGACGUCUUCACCAACGACGACCACACUUGGAUCUCCUUCACCUCCCACACCGGCACCAUCGCUACUCUGCUCUCUGUCCUCGGACACCAGCCUUUCCGACUCAGCACAGGUGCGGUCAUCCCCGUUCUCAUCAAAGCGGAGUUCCUUCCCGCGAGCGAUGCUCUGAAAGUGGAGGAUGGAGCUUUCACGACGAGUACGUGGUGUCAUAACGGUCCGCCGAUCACGAGUCUGAAGGAUGUGGAGCAGGGUUGCGUGUGCUCGAAGACGACGGCUGCGUUGCCGAGUUUGAUGACACAGGCGCCUGGUCCGCCGGGUCAGACUGCGCCGUUGAACGAGUACACGAAGACGACGGAGGUGGAAGGAAACAGUGUUUCAACUUCCAAUGUGCCGUGCGAAGAGCCCACGGAUUACUAG